AUGAGCGAUAAUUCGUCAGCAUCAGCAUCAUCAUCAUGUUCUGAUCUUAGUUCUUCGGAGAUUAGUUCUGCUAGCACUGGAGUGGCAGUGGAACACAAGUCGGUACCACAACAACAACAAUUACAACCACAACCAGCACCAUCGGAUCCUACUGCCACUCAAUCAAUGCAAGGAUAUGGGGUUACUUAUCAAACUAACACAACUGUUGCAGCUACUCAGGACUAUGGCACUCAACCACAAUAA